UGCUUCGAUGAUGCCCCUGUAAUCGCAUCCACUUCUGCAGCUAAAUAACGAUGCAUCGGCUUGGAACCUUGUCGUUCCGUGAACUAUGUGCGUGCAUCCAGCUACCCGUAACCUUUGGUCGAAGCGCAGGACAAGCAGUUUGUAACUCCAGCUACUAUUAUGUCUCAUCAAUGUAGAGUUCACAUCUGUUUCAUCUCGUCGAUACACUGCCAUAGGAGCGGAUCCGCUAACAUCUGUACUUGGGUCUUUGUUGCAUCACCUCAUUUCAUUCCGAAACGAGGGACUUGCUUCUGUUCUUGAUGGCCUGAUGUCUCAAAGAUCUUAUAACUGGACGAUUUCACGAGUCAAAGCUCGUGUAUCUCCCUUCGUCCAUGCUAAGCCCAAUGUCAACCACCUACGUUGCCCAAUUAUUAUUCGCAAAAUUUGCGCCGCCUGCGGCGACUGUUCUUAUUUUAUGGGACCAUUGCUUGACGCUUGACGAAGAAGUAGCAACAAUGUGGGGCUCUCUCAACGGGCAGAUCCUCACAAAAGUCGUCUAUGUAAUGAACCGUUACUUCACGGAAGUGGUGAUGUUAUACACGACUUGUGUAUUGGGUGGAUUGGGAAGCACUUCUAAUACGGUCUGCACGAAAAUGACUUGGUUAUUCAUCAUGUCUGCAACUGUUUUGGCUGGCAUUCUACAAUCCUUCGUCAUGAUGCACGCAUAUCGUCUGUGGGAUCACAGACGGACUAUUCGCAAAACAUUACUCGUUGUAUUUGUAGCCUGCAUAACCGGUGCCACCAUUCUUGCGGUUAUGACUGUCUUAAUCAUCUUAAGGUCUCGAGUACAAGUACCUCUCAGCGUGGAUGUUUGCCCCGUUGGUGUGAAGGUACCGUUGACGGUAACGUACAUCAUGAGUAUCAUGCUAUUUUUCAACCUGUUCGUGAUUUUUAUCACCCUGUACAAUGCUCUGGAAAUACCGCGCCGGUCUGAAAGUGAACUUUUUGAUUCGCUGAGGCGUGAUGGCAGUAGGCUGUACUUGAUAGUUUCUCUCCUCUGGAUGCUGCUUCUAAUCACCUCUGUUACUUUACAAACGCAUUUCUUCUUCUCCAUUCUGAUGCUCGUAUGGUCUCUGAAGUGUAAUAUCGCCUCUCGGAUGCAUCUUCGCAUAGAAAGCUUCGGACUUUCCGUCCCUGUGCAACCUGGGGCCGUGAUCUAUGUAAGACGGGAAGGCUGAUAUUUCGGAUAUAUAUAAACAUCUUUGCUUCUUACGCUAAAUGUUAAGAGCAGCGAUAGUAGAUUUGAUUAACGCAUGCAACACCCUCAAUGCAAAAUAUGCUCAACUGCCGUGCACCUGGA